AGGAGGGUGAAGUCAAACAAAAGAUGGUCUCUCUCCAAGAAAAUCUUGGCUUGCUGAAGGACAUUCUUCAGAAAUCUGAUGUUGCGGGGGCGAUGAAAGAUUUAGAGGCAGAGAUCAGAGAUGUAUGGUUGAAGGAAGAAAGGAUUGAGAUAGAUUUGACUACCAUUUCUCUAGCAAAGCAGAGUCUUCUUCAUCUAACAGCUUGCCUGCUCAGUAGGCUUCAUCAAAUCUUCAUAGAAGCCAAAAAACAGACUGAUUACCACAGGAAUGAGUUGAUUAGGAUUCAAACUCAUGAAUACCAGCUUUCACUCCUUGCUCGGAUCCGACGAAGAGGACUACAGCUUGUCAAAGGAUCAUCACAGCAUCAUCUAGUACACAAGAAAAUUAUUGUGAAUAACUUUUCCAAAAAAGCUUCAAAGUUUGACGGUGGAAUGGUCGGAUGCGAGAAGCUGUUCGAGAAGGUAAUGGAUCAGCUGCUCACGCAACAAACAACUAAGGGGAGACAAGUUGUUUCGGUUGUUGGCAUGGGAGGAAUAGGCAAGACCACUUUAGCACGCAAAGUUUAUGAACAACCCUCAAUUACAUCUUAUUUUGACAUGCGAGCAUGGGUUACUGUAUCCCAAGAGUUUAACAACGAACAAAUGCUCCGAUGCCUUAUUGGUUGUGUUACUGCAGCAUCACGAGAUGAACUCCAUAAACAAAGCACCAACCAAGACCAAUUAGCUGAACGCCUGCGUAAACACUUGAAGGGACAGAGAUAUUUGAUAGUGAUGGAUGAUAUAUGGAGCACUACUGCUUGGGAUAAUGUGCAAAGAUGCCUUCCAGAUGAUAAUAAUGGAAGUGGUAUACUAUUGACCUCUCGACUCAAAGAGGUGGCAGAAUAUGCUAGCUCAGGUAACUCUCCUCUUAACAUGCCUUUCUUAGAUGCUAAUGAAAGUUGGAAUCUCUACUGCAAAGUCUUUGGUAAAACUGAAUUCCCUAUGGUGUUUGAGCAAAUUGGUAGAGACAUAGUGAAGAAAUGUAAAGGAUUACCUCUAGCUAUUACUUUAGUAGCUAGUCUUCUCUCCAAGAUAGAGGAGAAGGCGGAAAAGUGGAAGAAUGUUGCAGAAAGUGUAAUUGGUGAUUCUAAUGAAGCAUGUUCAAGAGUAUUAUAUUUGAGUUACAACCAAUUACCACAUUACUUAAAAGCCUGUUUUCUAUAUUUUGGAAUUUUUAAAGAAGACUAUGAGAUAUCCGUGAAAAAGUUGGUUAGGUUGUGGGCAGCAGAGGGACUUUUGAGCACUAUGAAGCAUGUGAAUUUGGAGAAAGUAGCUAUGGAAUGCUUGCAAGAUCUUGUUGACAGAAGUCUUGUUAUAGUUAGCAAACAGAGCUACAAUGGGGAAAUGAAGAGAAUAAGGAUUCAUGAUCUGUUGCGAGAUUUGUGCUUGAGAGAAGCUAGACUUGAAAAUCUCUUGAGUGUUAAUGGAGUUAAAAAACCAUGUCGUUGGAUAAGUCAUACAUCAGAAUCUUUCUAUAAUGAAAUAAUGUUCAGGUUUGAAGAUGAGUGCUUUCACAAAUCUCAUUCCUUUCACUUAACUCAUCUUUACUAUUUUUGGAAUGCAGAUGUGAAACGUCUAUUUUCACACUUAAAACUACUAAGAGUAGUAGACUUGAGAAGUAGAAUUUCCAAUGUAGAAAAUGCACUAAACGUGUUUGCAAAUCUCGUUCAUUUGAGAUACUUAGCUUUGUAUACAAAUGGCACUUUGGAUGUAAAACUCUUAGAGCAUUGGAAUAAUAUGCAAACUUUUAUUGUUAGUGGGGGUGGUGGUAUAUUGUAUUCCUCUGAGUCAUCUAGAAUUUGGAAAAUACCACUAUUAAGGAAUUUUUGCAUUGGAAGAAUUUGUUCAUUAGAAACUCUGUCGGUUGUUUAUAGAAACUUAGAGAAUAUAUCUUGGUUGGACUCUAAGUUAUGUACAAAGGAUCUGUUUAUAGUGGUUCCGAAUUUAAAAACAUUGGGGGUUGAUUGUGGAUACUAUGUUAAUAGUCUAGAUUGUUUUUAUAAUUUUGUGCACUUGGAGCAGCUUGAGAAACUAAGCAUCAGAAGGUGGAUGGGUGUCAACCUUGUUACGUGUAGCAUCCCAUGGGUAACUAGUUUACCAAAUCUUAAGAAGCUCAGCGUGUUGAAGUCUAAUUUGCAGUGGAGUGAGCUGAGCGCUAUUAGUAUGUUGCCUAAUCUGGAGGUUCUAAAAUUGAUAGAUGCUUGUGAAGGCCCAGAGUGGGAGACAUCUGAUGGAGGGUUCCAUCGAUUGAAGAGGUAUUCCCUUGUGGCUUCUGCAAAGUGGAUUCAAGAAGAGCAAAACAACAACUAUGGAAAUGAUGCCCUCUUUGUUCGUUUUGAAAAUAUUAAGAGUUCAUGGUUUAUGUGGAUGGAGGAGGAAGAGAGUGAUGAAUGAAUAGCAAUAUGUAGGAAGGCGUGGAGAAAUUGUUGGAAGAAAUGACAAAUUUUUAAUGGGCAUAUCGGUGAGCUGAAAUGGUCUCUGCGGGCAAUUCGUUCUUAGAAAUCUGUUUUGUUUGUUUCUUAAGUGAGGUGAAGUUUGUACAGAUUUAGCUACUGGGGAAUUAGUUUGUAGAUAUAAGAUAUGAUGGUUGCAAUAUAGCUGCUCUGCUCUGCUCUGCACUGCAAUGAAUAAUCAUUAUCUCUUUAAUUUUCUCUCAUUCUUCUCUAUAUAUGAAUGUCUAUUUGCUUAUAAA